UAAAUACAUGCAAGGUCGUUAGCAAGGAAUUAAAAGAGUUAAUUGAGAAUUCCUGGUUCUUGCAAAAUUACACUUUGAGAACAAAAAAUAUCAUGGGAUAUUUUGUUCAAACACUCCAACACAAUAUUUCUUUUUCCACAUUUGUGUCCAUUGACCCAACCUUGAAGAUUCCAAAUAUUUCUAUCAAGUGUUUCGGGAAAGACAUAAGGAUCUUGGCAUCUUCUAACCAAGGAAUUUUGUGCUGCCAAAGGUAUAAACAUAGGUCUUGUGAGUAUUUUGUUUGUAAGCCAAGCACUGGACAAUAUGCUGUGUUGCCUAGCCCGAACGGGAAAAAAAGGUUCUUCGAACUAGUUGCUUUGAUGAUUCUUAAAUCAAAUCCUCUACACUACAAAAUAAUCAAAUACUCAGAUGCUCGUCAUUCGCCAUCUAACAAAAACAACUACAUAUGUGAGAUUUUCGAUUCGAAAAUUUGGUCAUGGAGACAGACAGAAAACCUCAUAACCGAACGAUCCACGAUUUUCGACCAUCAAUCACCUGUUUGUACAGGCGGCUUAGUGUAUUGGCUUACUAACCGCAACACAAUUUUGAUUUUCGACUCCGCAACUGAGACUCACUUGGAAUUCGCGGGACCAUUAGCGGCUACCGAAGAGAAUAGAAGUUACAUGUAUGAAAGAAUUGUUGAGUACAAGGGAAGGUUAGGGUUUAUAUGCAAGUACAAAUCCGAUGAAUUGGUGCUUUGGGGGCUAGAAGACCGAACAAAUUAUAGGUGGGAGAUAAAGAGAAUUGUGGGGAUCGAUAAGGAGAAAAAUAGGUUGAUAGGGUGCAAUCUUGCAGACAUGGCAUUGAUGCUUGGAUAUAGAGAUCAAGUGUACGCACAAAGUGGUUUUUAUAACCCUAGGGAUAUUUUCCCGUUCCAGUCGAAUUCGGAGCCCAUGGAUCUGGAGGAUGGAUGCAUGCUAAGUUGCUUGGAAGAGAUGAUGAACGACUGUUAGAUUUAUCUAUCUCAUUAUAUUAAUGCAUAAUUUUCUGGAAUUUGUAUAGUUACAUACAUGUAUUACAUACAAAACCUAUAUUACUUUGCAAGAUGAGAUUGUGUGUCACUGUGUGAAAGCUUCAAAUAGACUAAAAUAAAAUUGAUUUUCUUCAAAGGA